AUGUCUUCAGAAUCAGAAGAGGAUAAAGAGAGGCUGGUUCAAGCUGCCAAAACAUUUUUCCUUCACAUGCAAGAUCUUGCUGCCUUCACUAACAUGCUUAUUGAAUUGUUUAACAGCACUAUGAAUACUCAGAUCCAGUCCAUGACUGUGAAAGAAGAUGAUAAUGCCAAGGAUGUCUUUGAACAAAUGUUCAAAAUUUUUAAAGAGAUGCAAUCUGUAGUGGAGACAAAGUAUGACCAAAUGCAAAAGGAACCUUUAUAUUCCAAGAUUGCAACAGCUGUUUGCUCUAUGGUUGAGAAUACCACCAAUGUAAAGGAGUUGCAGCAGUCGGCUAAAGAAGUGUUCAAAACUGUUCAAACACCAGUCAUUGUCUCUGCAUUGAAUAGUAGCAACAUCCUUGGGAUUUUGGAAUCUUCUCUUUCACUCUUGAUGAAAUAUCCCGUCAUGAAUCUUCAGUUAGGUGACCUCUAUAGAAAAGACACCAAAGAGCAAUCAGAUGCCAACACAUCCAAGAAAAACACAAGUCCGGGUCCAUCCAAAAUUGGUACAAUAGACAUCUUGAAAAAAUUGCAGGAUGUGCUAGAAACUGAGGAUUCCAAGAAUACCAUCAAGUCAAUUGCAGUUCAGUUGGAGGAAGUUGUCAAAACAGUAGCGCCAAUCUUAGAAGUCCUCCAAAAAGCCAUAAAUACUAUGGAAACCAAGGUUUCUGUGCCCAAGAAAGCCAAUUACUAGUAGGAGUGCAACAGAACUGCUCAUUUCUGUCAGAAAAUCAUUUUGUAUCCUGUGAAUAUUUGGAGUAUGUUUUAAGACCUUUGAUGCCACAAAUGAGUUAUGUUAGGACAGAAGUACAAAGAGUAGUCACCCAGUAGACCAUUUACCUCAAGUUUUGCUUUAUUCAAAUAAAAAUAAUCAAAGAAAACCUACUUGAAAUGGCAGUUACUAAAAAUAACAUAUUGUUCAGAACAUCAAGGAAAUGUAUUACAUUUGAGGAUGUCUCUAAACAUUACAUAUCAUCUUAAAGCAUAAUUAAAAUAACCCUAAACUAAUUUCUACUCUUAGUAGUCCUAUUUCUAGAUACUACAGUGAGAAGUCCAGGUAAAUGUAAACAUUAUCAUUAGAUAAUCUGGCAGAAACUACUGUUCAGGCACAGGAAACAUAUAAAGUAAUUUUCGGCAUUUUUAAAAAGAUUUUGUUUAAUUGAGAGAGAGAGAAAGAAUGAGCAGGGGUAGUGGCAUAGGCAGAAGCAGACUCCCUACUGAGCAGGGAGCCUGCUGUGGGGCUCAAUCCCAGGACCCUGAGAUCAUGACCUGAGCUGAAGGCAGAUGCUUAACCAUCUGAGCCACCCAGGUGCCCCUACCUUCUGCAUUUUUGUCACUCAUAUACCAAUCUCUGUAUCAUCAGUGCCUUACCUAUCAUAAGCCAUCACUAGAUUCUUUUGGUAUGACUUAUCCAGGAGUAAAUAAGAACAAUCAAUGAAGAGUAAUAGUUUUCUUACUUGGAUAAGACCAGGGCAAAUGGUUUAUUCUUGUCUGUCUCCUAUUGAGGUGUUAUAAUUAGGAGCUAUUGGAGUUUCAAAAAUGGAGGUGCUCUAACCUUUCACAAAGAAAAGACUGUAACACUCAUAGAAGUAGGAUUUCUGAGAUGUGCUUGUAUUGGGGAAGGAAGGUUAGACAAAUCCCUUGCCUACCAGAAGGUCUUUGGCCCUUAUCCAUGGGAAAGAGUGUAUGCUUUCAAGAUGGCCCUAUUCUACAUGACACCUAACAGGAACUUUGUUGAGAAUUUUAAAAAGCAAUGAAUAACUCUAGUUCUUUCUUGGAAUUUUUCUUCUGAGAAUACCUAAGGUUUGUCCUCAUUCAAACAUGUUCUCAUCUCAAGUUUGAAAUCUCAUUUUCUCCUCUACAAAUAAAACAUAUUUCCCUACACUUAAAAACUAGGCUGAAAUAUGAAAAACUGAAAGAGAAAAAAAAACUGUGAGCAUUUGAUGGAGUGGGGGAAGAAUACACUCUGUUUCUGUACUUUUAAGUCUGCGAUGCAGUCACAUCCACCAAGGUUGCCACCAUGACCUCCUCAGUUGUGGAUACUUUGAAGUUGCAUUUUUGCUAGCCUGAGUUAGGAGCUCAGCUUCCAAAGCCAAGGCUGUCAUUGGAAUCACCACUAUAAUUUUGAAUUAGGAAUCUCUUCCUUGCCCCCUAAACAGGAAGACCUUCAGAAUGUCCUGUGGCAAGAGCCAAGGGGAUUUGACAGUUUCAGGACUUAGAGGGCUUGAGAAAAGGAUGAGUAUCAAGACGUGAACUCUACAUUAUCUCUCAGCUCCAAAGCUGAAACCUUGCGCAUUUGAAAUAGGUAUCCAUUAGUAGAUGGCUUAUUAUUUUUUUAAGAUUGUAUUUAUUUAUUCAUAAGAGACAUGGAGAGAAAGGCAGAGACACGGGCAGACAUAGUCCUGAUGUAGGACUUGAUCCCAGGACCACAGGAUCACGCUCUGAGCCUAAGGCAGGUGCUCAGCCACUGAGCCACCCAGGUGAUCCUCUAGCUGGCUUAUUUUGAGGACAUUCUUGAGCUCUGAUUCAUUUGCUACUCUGUCCUCAAAAAUAAACGUAUAUAAGUGGGAGAAGGGAGGUGGAGCUCUCGCUUUGUUACUUUCUCUGAACCUGUGUGUGUUCAGGUCCUCACUUUCCUGCUAUUGGUCGUCAGACUGUCCAGGGAUAUUGCAACAGCUGGGGGAGUG